ACGGGAGGGGCGGCGUGCGCCGGCGUGACGCGGCCUCGCGGGAUGGGCAGGGCCGAGGCUGAGGCGGCGACGGCGGCGGCGAGUGCUAGAGGCGGCGGCACGACGAGGGCCCUCAAGCCCGACCACCAUGAGCACCAAGCAGGUCACCUGCAGGUACUUUAUGCAUGGUGUGUGUCGGGAAGGAAACCAGUGCCUGUUCUCACAUGACUUGGCGAACAGCAAGCCAUCCACCAUCUGCAAAUACUAUCAGAAGGGCUACUGCGCCUAUGGGACUCGUUGCAGAUACGAUCACACGAGGCCUUCUGCUGCAGCUGGUGGUGCCAUGGGCACCAUGCCCCACGGUGUGCCCUCCCCGGGUUUCCACAGUCCUCACCCUGCUUCCGACCUCACUGCAUCUAUUGUGAAAACGAACUUACAUGAGCCUGGGAAACGUGAAAAGAGAACAUUGGUACUUAGAGACCGAAAUCUCUCUGGCCUGGCUGACGAAAAGACUUCCCCAAGUCUUGUGAGUAAUGCAGGAGGCUGCAGUGAGCCCCAGAGUAGCCCAGAGAUGAAGCCGCACUCUUACCUCGAUGCGAUCAGGAGUGGCCUUGAUGACGUGGAAGCCGGCAGCUCCUACAGCAGUGAGCGGCAGCUGUGCCCCUACGCAGCGGCUGGGGAGUGCCGAUUCGGGGACGCUUGUGUCUACUUGCAUGGAGAAGUGUGUGAGAUCUGUAGGUUACGAGUCCUGCAUCCCUUCGACCCAGAGCAAAGGAAAGCUCACGAGAAGAUCUGCAUGUCGACAUUCGAACAUGAGAUGGAAAAGGCCUUUGCCUUCCAAGCAAGUCAGGACAAAGUGUGCAGUAUCUGCAUGGAAGUGGUCCUUGAGAAGGCAUCUGCUUCUGAGAGGAGAUUUGGGAUUCUCUCCAACUGCAAUCACACAUACUGCUUGUCCUGCAUCCGGCAAUGGAGAUGUGCCAAACAGUUUGAGAACCCAAUCAUUAAGUCUUGUCCAGAAUGCCGUGUGAUAUCAGAGUUUGUAAUUCCAAGUGUGUAUUGGGUAGAAGAUCAGAAUAAAAAGAACGAGUUGAUUGAAGCUUUCAAACAGGGAAUGGGGAAAAAAGCUUGUAAGUACUUUGAGCAAGGCAAGGGGACCUGCCCAUUUGGAAAUAAAUGCCUUUACCGCCACGCUUAUCCUGACGGGCGGCUGGCAGAGCCUGAAAAACCUCGGAAGCAGCUCAGUUCGGAGGGCACCGUGAGGUUCUUUAAUUCAGUACGGCUCUGGGAUUUCAUUGAGAAUCGAGAAAGCCGGCAUGUCCCCAACACUGAAGAUGUCGACAUGACAGAGCUUGGGGACCUCUUCAUGCACCUGUCUGGAGUGGAGUCGUCAGAACCCUAAGGAGUAGACGGUUCCCUCUGCAUCUUGGGCUCUGCCGGCCGAGCCUUCCCAAGCUAGGGUGUGCAGAGCUUCCUUUACUGCAACCCGACGUGGCAUGUGGCUUGGACUUGAUUGGGGUUGUACUUAACAUUGGUCUCAUCCCCUCUCCAUUAUUACAGCCAUGGGAGGAGUGAAGGAUAUAAAAUAACCUACUAAGUAUAUGGAAUCGCUAAUUUCCUAGUUGCUCUCUUUAGGUGCACCUCAGGCUCCUUAGGGGGACCAGCUAACCAACCUGGCUCCUGUCCUUGAGCUUUAGCUCCCUAGAAACAGUCACCUUGCAACUGCCCUUAAAGCAGAGUUUUCUUGACAAAGGCUUCUUCACCCCUGUGGGACGAUCCCUCUAGUGCAUUUCCCCUCACGUACUUCGUGUGUCGCCAAAAGCUGUUUCUCGAAAAGCUCCAUGUAAAUCAAAUCAACGUACAGUGGGGGCACCGACCGCACACCUUAGCAUAGAACUUGUAGUGCUCUUCGCGGCCCCAUCAGAGCAGGGGCCCUGUUGCCCGUGUGUUCGGCGAACAGAGUGUGAACCUCCCUCCCUGUACGGGCGGCGGCUCUGGGCGCAGCAGAGGUACAGCCCCUCGUUUCUGGUUGGUGUCGGGGCCACACGCUCCGGGGAAGCCCAUCCCUGGCUGUCACCUGUGGGCUCUCCUUGCGCUCAAGCCCCAAGGGUCAUUUUACUGAGGGUCCAGCACACGCAUGCUCUUACCGUGUGCCCCUGCUCAAAGCCACUCAUUCAAUCUGUAAAGCCUGGCUUUGAUUUCAAAUUUUGUAAAAAGUUAAUGGCACCCAACAAAGUUUCUAGUUCUGACCCAGCAAUGGUCCUAAAAAAAACAAGUCCUCUGUCCUAAGUUGUGACUUUAAUCGAAGGACCCUAACAUUGUGAAUCAGAACUCACCCCAAGCCUGAAUUAAUCUAUUUUUAUAAACUGUUAUAGAUACCAAAUAUUUUAUAAAAUGCAUUGAAGUGUGGGUAGAAAAAGGUCUGCUCUUACCUGAGUUGAGAGUGCUUUUUGCAUAAUUUUUAUAGUUAAUGCUUUAGUGAAGGGUGACAGUACAAAGGCUGAUUUAGACUCUCUCCCAGCAGAGGCUCUGGGCCCAUUUCCUGCUGCUUGAGUUCUUGCUCCAGAGGGAUGAACAGAUGGGGGAGAGUUCAAGCUGUGAGCUCAGUAGAAGGAAGAAACAGCCAUUAAACCUACAUUUAAUUUAUUUUAUUAAAAUAACAUAAUUGAGGAACCAUCAGAUAACUGUAUUUUGUCAGGCGCAAUAAAAACAAAAUUAAAACCCAAAUCAUCAAGAAAA